UUUACUGUAAUAUUUAUGAUUUCUUUAUCAUCCGAUUUCGCCUGUCUCAAACACUAGCGGUAGACAUUCUGAUUAUCACCUUUAAUCGAAUGCAAUUCAUGAUGGUUUCCAAUGGUUUCUUGGUAAUGUAACGUGGAUUCUUCAUUUAUAAUUGAGCCCUCCACCGUCCCACAAACUUCAUCACAAUGACCAAGCUUCUGGAGUGGCUUCUUGGUGUGUCGCUGAUUGGUGUGGCAUGGGGACUUGUUACCUUUGACCUCCUUGAUUUGCAGUUGCCUCCCCAGUAUAGAGAGCUGGCGUGGCCCAUGCCUGUAUAUCUGCUGGUGGCGUUUGGGUGUUAUUCACUGGCAGCUGUCGGCUACCGUGUGGCCACGUUUAAUGACUGUGAGGACGCGGCCAAAGAGUUGCAAGCACAAAUAAAAGAAGCCAAAGAGGAUUUAAAGAAGAAGGGACUGAAGAUGUGAGAAUUACGUCUUGGCUUCUGCUUUUAUAUACAAAUGCAAACAUAGUCUCAUUGUUUCUGUUUAUUUUGUGAUGUCUGUACUACAAUAUGCACUCAAGACUGCAGCUCAAAGCUGUCCAACUAUGUUCAAGUCUUUUUUUCUACAUGAUGUAAAUAAUAGUUUGAAAUUUAAGCACCUGCACACCUGUGAAUGAUCUAUUUCCAGCAUUAUGACAGUCUUAUUUUAAACAUUACAGGCACAUGCAUGUAUUGUCAAUGGAGAGCAGCGCUAUUUCUGUACAACCUCCAGAGAGUGUGUAUUUGCAUUUGCCAGGGACUGAAUACGUCUUUUUUGAACCAGUUCUUUUUAGCGAGUCAGACUUAGAAAUGAACCCACUGUGUAGAUUUGCGCUUGCACAAUGGCAGCAUUUCAGUAAAUCAAAUGACUUAGAUUUUGAUUUAAAAUAUAAAAUAAUGGGACUGUGCUAAGGCUCCCACGCUGUUGUCCUUUUUACCUUAAAUUAAGGUUAUGAGCAUUUUUUUUGUAAUUGGAGUACAAGUGUUGUAAGUACAACCAUUUAAUGUUAAUAUUACAGGCCCUAAUAAAAGAAGUGGCCUACAUAGGGCUUUUCACACUUGAAAUAGUUAACCCUGGGUCAUUUUAAAGCUCAGGUAAACAAAAUCCAGGGUUAUUUUGCUUUACGUUUCACACUGCUCAUAAUUUGCAUGGGUUAAAAAUUAAUGCUGUUUAUUCAUAAGAUAACGUGUCACACUGUGCAUGCAUUUCCCGGGUUAACGUUCUUAUUUGCAUAUUUGCGGUGCAAGUGUCAGUGAUUGGACAAAUGCAGCACGCGACCUUUUUCCAUAACGAUUCUAGCAUCCUCAUAUUAGUAGCUAUAUCAUUUACAGAAAAAAUGUGCACAGCAAAGAAGGGGUGACACUAAAAUAUCAAGAGUGCAAAAACAGACACCCUCCACCCCCCACCAAACUAGUGUGACUGUAACACAAAGCAUGUUUCUGCAAAUGCGUGAAAUAAAAUCGAUAAUUCAGCCCCAAUGCAGUAAAAACACAGACACCAAGGAAGGGGUUACACUCUAAAACAUCAGUACAAAACAGACACACACACACUCACUUACACACAAAUGAACUGGUGUGUAGCAACAUGGCAAAAUUGAGCCAGAAGACUCAAAUAAGAGGUUGAAAUU